UUUCUUUCUUCGCGUCCGCGUUCCUGUCGUUGCCACACCCUCAUAUCCAAAUUACACACGCUCAGCUCCACAAUAAUUCGUCGCCCCAUCGCUAUCGCCGCCAUCCAGCUCCCCCAUUCGCGCCCCAGCCGCGUUCGUUGCCCGCCUCCUACCAGAAAUGUCAAUGGCGGGCCCCCCGGCGCGCCCCCUAUCUUUUUUUCUCCCCCUCGAUCAUCCCGCGCCUGGGCUGCCUUUGUCUGAGCCCUCGGCAGAAGAGAACUCGCGCGUGGGCGCGCGCGAUGCCGCGACAACGGCCGCGGGCGUGGAGCCACAGUCGGCGAGCCGGACGCAAAAGGGAUUCCAUCCAUCCAGUUGCAUCAUUCGCGUUCCUCGGUCGCUUACGUGAGCGCGAAAUUGCUUGGAACCAGUGCGCGUGUAUAUAAGCCGCCGCCUGCCUUGUCCUUUUCACAUCAUCCUCUCGUCCACGCUUCUUCGCAGUCCAGGCGUCCCCUUUUCGAACAACUUCGGCAAGGAGCAGCCCACCGUCACGCCCGAGGGCGAGAUCAGCCAGCCACCGUCGCCCCCUCUGACGAUCACCCAG